GGCCAUCAUCGAGGGCCUGAACAACGACGCCGAUGUGGGCACCUGCCUGGCCUUCUCCAGCGGCGCACGCGGCGUGAUGCUGUGGCGCCGCUCGGACAACGUAGUCUUUGCGCUGCUGCUGGGCGGGGCGGGGCUGGUGUCCGUGGGCGACGGCGUGGAGUGCCAGGUCAAGGGCAUCUUGCAGGUGCUGGACGACAAGGAGGGGCCCAUCACCAAGCGCGAGUAUCAGGAGAUGCUGGUGCCAGUCGGCGAGGCGCUGGUGGGGCAAGUUGUGGACUUCCUGGGCCGGCCCUACCCGCUGCAGACGGCCGCCGAGCCGGCCGUCGCCGCCGCUGGCGGCAACAACGGCCACGCAGCGCAGCAGAAGCACGCGGCGGCGCCGAUCGGCGCCGACCAGCUGCUGCCGCUGCUCAACGGGCAGCCAGACAUGGAGAGCCGGGAGCAGAUCAACGAGCCGCUGAUGACGGGGGUCAAGGCGUUUGACAUCCUGACCCCGCUGGGGCGCGGCCAGGCGCAGCAGAUUGUGGGGCCGCAGGGCAGCGGCAAGACGCAGCUGUGCAUCGAUGCGGUGAUCGGGCAGCGCGGCACGGGGGUGCGGUGCGUGUACGCCGCCGUGGGCGCCAGCCACGAGCAGCUGCGGCGCACUGUGGAGCAGCUGCGGCAGCACGGCUGCCUGGAGUACACGACGGUGGUGGCUGCCACAGGGGACCGCCCGCUGGGGGAGCAGUACGCGGCCACGCUGACGGCGUGCAGCAUCGGGGAGCGGGUGCGGGAUGAGGGCGGCCACUCGCUGGUGGUUCUCAAUGAUGUGUCCGUCAUGGUGGGUGGGUGGGGUGGAAGGGCUGCUGCUGCACUGGCAUGCUCGUAG